AUGGCGUCGAGGUUGGAACACGGUACCUGUGAAUCCAAUGGAUCUGGAAAAGCCACGAUAAUGUCAAAAAUUCAAGAGGGUGGUGGUCAGCGAUAUGUAUACGUUGAUUCGUAUGACAUUGACUGGGGAGAUGUGAAAGAUAAAUUAAUUGAAGUUUACAAGUUGGACCCAAGAUUAUCAGCUAAUUAUGAAUUAUUUGAUUUUAAAUUAAAUAAACUUAAUGUCAACAGUUAUGAUUCGUUGUUGGCUUAUUAUAAAGGAAAUGGUUUAAAAUUAAGUAAUACAUUGGUGUAUAUAUAUGCCCCAGAACAAAAACAAAAUGUUAUCGGACGAAAAUCCAAAACUGAUCGUGUUUCGGAGAAUAUAAAUGUUGCUGACACUGCACCAGUUGAUUUUUCUCCGGUGAUUGUUGAGGCAGAUUCAUCUAGUGAAUUAAAGAGUGAACCAAACGAACAGUUGAAUAUUUCAGAUCAUCACUAUUCACCGAAAACUCGCAUUGAAACAACAACACCAUGUGAGUUGCAUCGAGAUAAUAUCAAUGCAACUUUUGAGGAUUUUCACAUCUCAUCGACAACAAAUUGCUUGCAUCAACAACAAGAUUCAACGCCACCUUACACAGCAACAUCUGAAGAUUCCUCCUUUUUGUUCAACAAUAUGGAUAUAUUCUCAUUUUCGAAGUCGAUGGAAGAUUUAGUUGAAAUACUAAAAAUUACGAUUAAACAAUCCAAUUGUCAGGGUUGUUCCGAGACAAUAGUGUCCAUAUUAAGAAAAUGUUAUUCUUUAAACUCUGAUUCAGAACAACUCGAUGAAUGUAUGAUGCGCAUUGAAACAGAAUCAACAACAAUGAUACAAGACAAUACAUUGACGACAUCGAUAUUAGACAAAAAUUCACAAUUAUGCAGUGAUGUAUGGAAAUUAAUUGAAAAGAAUGAUGAUAUUAUUAAAGUGCCUGGAUUUUAUAAAAUAAAGAAAUUGUUUAAUGAAUAUCUGAAAAAUGUGAAUAAUCUUUCAGUCAAAUGGAAUGAUCAUGUGAAAAAACAAAUAAAAUUAAAUACCAGAAAUACACAUAGUAGACAAAAACAAGUAGAACAUCGAACAAUUAACAAUAAAAUUCAUGAGAAAAAAACUCAACAUCAUAGUAAUAAUAGACAAAAUCCAAAUAUCUGUGGUCACUCAUCAAGAAUCUCCGAUAUUCAACAGCAACCAUCGUUAAACCUUGACAAUAUCAAUAAUAAUUGUCAAAAGAAAUCGAACGAACGAUAUUCCACAUUUGUAUCAGCGUCCAAUCAACGUAAUAAUCUCAUUCAACAUAAUAAUACUGAUUAUCAUCAUCAGGAAUUAUCCGCGUCAUCCUGGCGUCUAAACGUACGAACAACACACUCUUACCGUGAACCAUCAUUUAAUCAUCGUUCUCAAUACUCUUCGUCAUCGAUGACGUUAAAUUGUGAUCGUCACGAAAAGAAUCAUUACCAUAUCAAUACAUCACGACAAUCGUAUAGAAACUCAGAACAUCAACCAUUAUCACAGAAAACAUCAUCAUUAAUUAGCGUGGCUGAAAUCGAUUAUUUUGAAACUGAACAGAAAAAAUUGUAUCAAAGAUUAACUUCAACACUUGAUCAACUGUAUCAUCAACUGCGAUAUUGUAAUUUUAACAAUUGUAUCAAUAUUGAUCUAUUCAGUUGCAUUAUACAUGACAUUAAUCAACGCCCUCAUGUAGUAUUUUGUGACGCAUUAUCUGUACAACAUUCUGAUCUAUAUCUGAUGGAACGUGGUGCUAAAUUGGAACAGUUUUUUCUGAAAUUAGAAAAUAGAUCACGAACAAAUCUGAUUGAAUCAAUGAGACAGCUUAUAAUAAAUAUGAACAAUUGUGUUGAUCAACUACAUAAAAUGUAUUCAAGAUGUCUUACUACACUACGAUCAGAACAACAACAACAACAACAUCGCACUCAACCGCCAUCGCUGCUGACGUUACGAACUCAAAAUCAAUUUCCAUUAUCAAACAACUUGGAAACAAAACGGCAUAAUGUAGAUGACAUCGAUCUCGACAUCGAAUUUGUUGACGAUCUGAAGGAGUGUAAACGACGAAGAAAUAGUCAACAACAACAAGAAUACUCUAGUCAAAUAUCUGAUACAUCUCCGUCAGAAUCCUCUGUUGAAGAAGAAGAACUGCUUUCAACAGCAUCAAGAGCCUAUAGACAAAGAUGA